GAAAUGAGCUCACAGACGCUGACUUCUGAACUGUGUCGCUGAUCAUGGAGCUGACGUCUCUACAACUCAAGUGCUGAACAAGAGAGAAGAAGCGCCAACGGUGUGGAAGAAGUUGGUGUGAAGAGUAGGCAUGGAGGCUAGCAGGAGAUGGAUUCUAAUUGCUUCUCUCACAAUUCUCUUUGUCAUCACCAUCUUCCUCACGAAUGAUGCCUUCCCUUUCUCCCUCUUCGCGACCAACGAUUCUUCUUCUUCUGAGUUGCGCCCGCCUCCUCGACUGGCCUAUUUUAUCUCAGGCUCUGUCGAUGAUGGAGAGAGAUUGAAGAGAGCACUUCAAGCCCUUUACCACCCUCUCAACUUCUAUGCAGUUCACCUGGACCUUGAGUCCCCCCUUAGAGAGAGAAUGGAGCUUGCUGAGUAUGUGAGAGAAGAGCCUGUGUUUUCAAUGGUGGGUAAUGUGGAGGUGAUGACUAAGGCCAACCUGGUUACCUAUCGAGGCCCCACGAUGGUGACCAACACGCUUCAGGCCGCAGCCAUUCUGCUGCGUAAGAGCCCCCAUUGGGACUGGUUCAUCAACCUCAGCGCCUCUGAUUAUCCCCUUGUCACUCAAGAUGAUUUGCUGCACACUUUUGCCUACUUGCCAAGGGACCUGAAUUUUAUAGAGCAUACGAGCGACAUGGGAUGGAAAGAGUCUAUGAGAGCAAGACCUGUUAUUGUAGAUCCAGCACUUUACAUGUUGAAUAAAUCAGAUCUUUUGAGGCUUCCUCUGAGGAGAAGUGUCCCCACAGCAUUCAAACUUUUUACAGGCUCUGCUUGGAUGGCACUUUCACGUUCCUUCAUCGAGUACUGUGUAUGGGGCUGGGACAACCUCCCGAGAACAGUCCUUAUGUACUAUGCCAACUUCAUAUCUACACCGGAGUUUUACUUCCAUACUGUCAUUUGCAAUGCACACAACUUCCAAAACACUACUGUCAACCACGACCUGCACUACAUCUCUUGGGACAGCCCCCCAAAACAGCAUCCACAUUACCUCACUGUCAAUCACACCCACUUGAUGAUUGAUAGCAAUGCUCCCUUUGCAAGAAAGUUCCAAAGGGACGACCCUGUGCUUGACAAGAUUGAUGCUGAACUCUUAGGUCGACCUGCUGGUGCCCUUUUGCCAGGGGGUUGGUGCAUAGGGGAUGGCCAAGCCAACCGAUGUUCUAUUUUGGGUGACCCCACCGUGCUUAGGCCUGGUCCAGGUGCCCUCAGGUUCCAGCACCUAAUUAUAGGUUUACUAUCAAAGGAUAACUUUCGUCCAAGCCAAUGCAGAUGACGAUCGUCAUCCAUGCAACAUGUGAUUGUGCAUCAUCAUCAUUAUCGUCACCAUCACCAUCACCAUCACCAUCACCAUCACCACUACAAUGCAUGGCCAUACUGUAAUCAUAAGUGCCAGGCAUGGUCGUACGUAUUCUCCAUACAUUUUUAUUGCAUGUUGAAUGUGGUCUCAGCUGAUUGAUUUCUUGACUGUGGAUGUGAGGGAAGAGACGACUUGGGUGAAAGCAUGAUGGGAAUGGAAGAUGGUGGGCACCUUGUGCGGUGGUGCUGCAUUUGAUUUGCUGAUGUAUGUGCAGGAAGAAUUGGAUUGGUUGCUUACAGUCUUCUUGAGGUUUCUCUGCUUUAUUGUUUUUCUUGUCUUCAUGAUAAUGUUCUUUUCUUUUUUUUUCCUUUUCUUUUUUUUUUUUAGAUCUUAACUUGAUUAAUUCAUUAAUUGUAUUGUAUGUAACAUUUGCAUCAUUUAUACAGUAUAACAAAAGAAAAAAAGGAAAUAGGUGAGAGGUUAGACUCUAUUAACCUGCA